UGGUAUGGACCCCGGAGUGACAUCAUUGCGGCUGUCAGAGAUGAGCCAAUCAGCGUUUACUUUGAGGUGCGGCGCUCUAGAAUGAUACAGAGCAGAGGGCUCGGUGCUCAGCCAUGAACUUUAAUAACUUCUUCGCAUCCAUCGGCUAAGUCCACCUUCAGCUAUGCCUGUGACAUCUCAGCUGCUCAGGGGUUUGCCCCGUACCAAGGUCUUGGCCUCUAGUCUGUUGCCAUACCAACAACACCAGUCCCAGCUAGGACCCAUCACUCACCGACCUUCCUCAAGAUGGCCUUCUCGUGUGUGGCAGAGCCACCAGUAUUCAAGAAGUUACCAGACAGCCUCAGUGCUGUGCAGUUAUAUCCUCACCCCCCCACAGGUCAAUUCUAUCCUGAAAGCCAACGAGUACAGCUUCAAGGUGCCAGAGUUUGAUGGGAAGAAUGUAUCAUCAGUGAUGGGUUUUGAGAGUAAUCAGCUACCAGCCAACGCUCCUAUAGAAGACCGUCGCAGUGCAGCCACAUGUCUGCAGACGAGAGGAAUGCUACUGGGUGUGUUUGAUGGUCAUGCUGGCUGUGCCUGUGCUCAGGCGCUUAGUGAGAGGUUGUUUUACUACAUAGCAGUGUCUCUGCUACCACACGACACCCUGUGUGAACUCGAGGCAGCAGUGGAGUCUGGCAGGGCCCUCAGUCCCAUCCUGCAGUGGCAUAAACACCCCAACGACUACUUCAGCAGGGAGGCUCAGAACCUCUACUUCAACAGCCUACGAACAUACUGGCAGGAGUUAAUCGAUCUCACCAGCCCAGGGGAAGUUCCAGACACCCGUGAGGCGUUGCUGAACGCCUUCAAGAGGCUUGACAAUGACAUCUCCCUGGAGGCUCAGGUCGGCGACCCAAAUGCUUUUCUGCACUACUGGGUCCUGAGAGUGGCCUUUUCUGGAGCAACGGCCUGCGUGGCUCACGUUGAUGGUUCAGACCUUUUCAUAGCCAAUGCAGGAGAUGCUCGGGCAGUGUUGGGUGUUCAGGAGGAGGAUGGUUCAUUCAGCGCUCACACGCUCUCUAAUGACCACAACGCGCAGAAUGAGGAGGAGGUGGCUCGGAUACGGGCUGAACACCCUCCGUCGGAGAGGAAGACGGUUAUACGACAGGACCGGUUACUCGGCCUCCUCAUGCCAUUCCGUGCAUUUGGGGAUGUGAAGUUCAAGUGGAGUAUUGAUCUGCAGAGGCGUGUUUUGGAGUCUGGACCUGAUCAGCUCCAUGAAAACGAGCACACCAAGUUUAUCCCUCCAAACUACCACACGCCACCUUACCUGACCGCUGAGCCCGAGAUCACGUACCACAAACUGCGGCCACAGGAUCGCUUCAUGGUGAUCGGCUCUGAUGGCCUCUGGGAGACCCUCCACAGACAGGAAGUGGUUCGGAUUGUGGGAGAGUAUUUAACAGGGGUACACCAGCGCCAGCCCCUCAAAGUCGGAGGCUACAGGGUCACCCUGGGACAGAUGCAAGGACUGCUAGAAGAGAGAAAGGCUCGUGUGUCUUCAGCUUUCGAGGACCAGAACUCAGCGACCCACCUGAUGCGCCACGCAGUAGGAAACAACGAGUUUGGCACAGUUGACCACGAGAGGCUGUCCAAAAUGCUGUCGCUGCCCGAGGAGCUGGCUCGCAUGUACCGCGAUGACAUCACCAUCAUCAUCGCUCAGUUCAACCCUCAUGUGAUUGGAGCACAGAGACAGGAAGGACAGUAACUGAGUACUUUAUAUCUACACACAAGCACAUUCUGUGGACAAAUUUUUAUAUUUGUAAGCAGUGCAGAUUGAGCUCCCGAUGAAGUGAGAAGAUGUCAGUUUAAAACUUGGAUUGAUUAUAUAACAUGUUUUUAUGCUGCCAAUAUGCUCUUUCAACUGUUUCAUACACACUUUUCUGGGUGGCUGUUACAUACUGCUUUUUGUGCCAAAAUAUUCAACCUGCUGAAAGUCUGCUGAAAGACUCAGCAGGGUUGAAAUGAAAUUCCAAAGAGAGUGAAGGUUGGAACUUGACAAGUAAAAAGGCCUUUAUUGAUGCAGCACUGACUCGACCUGCUUUUGACCUGAUAUGGGCUCUAACCGGGCUGUGCCAUUGUAAAACCACACUCUCUUUCCCUGCUAUCUGGUUUUGUUUUUGCAUCUGUGAGGCUGAUGUUACAACGUAACUGUUUGCAUCUUUUUGGUUUUACUUCCUUUCAUGUGUCAUCGUAUGAUAUAUUCCUAGUACUGUUCGAUUAUACAUACACUUACAUUGCAGUCUGUGAGGAUUUGGAUGUUGAUGUUCUCUGCGUACUCCAGCAUGCUGAGUUUGAAGUAAUACUGCAACCUUAGGGUUGAGGGCUGAUUUAGAGAUUUAAUGUGUUAACAUCCGUGUUGGGUGCAUCUGAUGUGGAUGUGAAUACUCUGAAGUUGAAGCUGACACUUGAAGUUCAUGGUGUAGUGGUUUCCAUCCUGUGCAAGUCUCAGAUGUCACAAUUUUAUAUUAUAGAGAAGAGAGAGAGAGAGGGAAGAAUAAUUCUGACCCACCAAAUUUAUUUAUUUUCUCUGACUUUUGUAAUGCUCAAUACGUUUAACUUCAGUCACGACGAAAAUGGUGGGAACCACUGAGCUAGUGAUCAUUUUCAUUUGAAAUCCGACAAGUUGGAGUACAAAAAUUUAUAGUCUGCAAAGUCUAACAAGACGUUAACUUGUUCUGUGCACCACUGCAGGUAGCCUGAUUGUGCACCGGGCUUUCCUGUGACACCAUGACUGUUAUUGUGGUACUUCUUAACUGUUUAUUGAAUCUCUGAGCCGACACAUUGACUCAGCUCCACCGCGGUCGUCACAUCUGUGAAGUAGUUUGUAGUUCUUUUUCGAGCCGUGUGGGGUUAGAGAGCAUGUGUGUUAUAAGUCUCAUGUCAUUUUUUUUCUUUCUUUUUAACCUGUCAUUAGCAUUGUGUUUAACAGUUUGUUACAGUUAGAGAUUUUAUUAUCCACUACGGACAUUCUCUCGUUACUCUCCAGUUAAACACUAUUAACAUGGACGUGGCUUCGUCUUCAAGUGUAUUUAAGCCUGAAUGAAUGAGGAGAAUGUAAAUUUGAAAGAAGGUGGUUGAUUAUUAAAGAUUAUUUAUUCAGCUUUAGCAGCAUGUUACAUGUCUUUAUUUACAGUUUUAUGUAUAAAUUGUAACUUAUGUGGGUUAAGUUUUGUAUACGGAAUGGUUUAAUAAAACACCAAAUACACGC